AUGGUCCGGGAACAGCAACCCGGCGACAUUUGCCGUCUCGUGCCAAGCAGCAUGGAUGCAGAGAAGCGAACCCAGUUCUUCCCCCAGUACUGCCAGAUCAAAGCCUACCCGUCCAUGGGCGGGGUCGUCCUCGGCUUCUUCACCGCGGUCCAGCUCAAGCAACUCGGCCUGUCCAACGCCGAGGAGGCGCCGCGUUCGCACGACGACGCCGAGGAAGACAAGCUUGCCCUCUCCAUGAUGCGACAGGGAGCGCACUGGUGGCCGGAUCUGGGUCUCUACCAGCGCCACUAUGACCGCCUGAGCGACAAACUCAUCCCAUAUGACUUUCAUUUCCCACCACGUAUCAAUGUGGGGUACCCGUCUUCCGGCAAUGGGGUCUGGGUGUUCAAGUUUUCCAAGGACAAGAUGGAACUCGCCGAGGAUGAGCCAAUCAAGCCUUCCUUAAGGCGCAUGCCGGAUGGUUGGUACGGACGAAUCAAUCUGGCGCUCACAGAGGAUGAGAGGUGCGAGACUCUAAAGUAUUUUGGCGCUAGAUUCUAUUGUGAUGUCGCGGAGUGCGAAGACAUACCAAUGUCGCUCGAGGAAGGGCGUCUAAGAGGGAAGAGGAACGAGUUGCUACUACAGAAGAUGGAAGACGAUGACUAUCUCCAGAGAUGGCUUGAACACGGCUUGACAGAUGAUGUCUGA